CCCUUUACCCAGAGCGUGUCUGAUCCUGUGCUGUCUCUGUCCCUCUGUGUUGCAUCGUAACCCUCAUCAUGGCCCCCAAGAAGAAGGAAGAGCCCAAGCCUGUAGCUGCACCCAAACCCCCAGAGCCUGAACCCCCCAAGGAGCCAGAGUUUAACCCAGCAGAAGUCCAGCUUGAAUUCACCGCAGAGCAGCUUGAGGAUUUCAAGGAUGCAUUCCAGCUGUUUGACAGGACGCCAACCAAUGAGAUGAAAAUCACUUUUGCCCAGUGUGGUGAUCUGAUCAGGGCUUUGGGUCAGAACCCUACUAACGCUGAAGUCAUGCACGUCCUUGGCAAACCUAAAGCUGAAGACAUGCAUGUGAAGAUGCUGGACUUUGACCAGUUCCUGCCCAUGCAUCAGCACAUCUGCAAGGCCAAAGACCGCGGCACAUUUGAAGACUUUGUUGAGGGUCUGAGGGUGUUUGACAAGGAGGGUAACGGAACAGUGAUGGGUGCUGAGCUUAGACACGUCCUCGCUACACUGGGUGAGAAGAUGAAGGAAGAUGAGGUGGAGCAGCUGAUGGCUGGGCAGGAGGAUGCAAACGGCUGUAUAAACUACGAGGCUUUUGUAAAGCACAUAAUGGCUGGUUGAACAGAUGAUCAAGACAUAUCUAACGUGGAUACAAAAUGAUGACAGUUUUAUUUCACCAGUGUUCUUUUUUUAACAAGAGCCCCUGCAAGUGUUUCCUGCCGUGGGGCUAUUAGCAACAUCUGCCUCCACUGUCUCCAACCGUCUCUCGAACGUUCCUUUUUUUUAUGCCUCCUCAGUCUGUAUGCCCAAAAUUACUCCAUCAUACAUCAUGCUUGUUCUUUUUGUGGAUAAAAAAAGUAUAAUAAAUGUCACUCUUGAUUUAAACAGCC